AUGGUCUCCCAACCCGAUCCAGCGCCGUCUCUCGCAAUCCGCGGCACCUCGUCCCUGGUCUCUCGCCCGUCGGCUCGCAGCAAGCGCUACAAUCGCUCGACAGUCGGCGCCGCCAGCUCGUAUCUGCCGCAGAAUGAAUUCCCCGUCUUCUCCCACAGCGGCGACGUCGAGAUCCUGAUCCGCGCAGGCGCCGUCGAGAACCGAUACCUGCUGCACCGCCACACCCUGACGCGAUGCAGCGGCUUCUUCGAGGCGAGCACGUCCAACGAGUGGUCGCGGGCGCAGCCGCUGCUCCCCAGCGGUCACGAACUGUCUCGGAUCGGUGAGGACGGCGGCGAGGCCACAGACGCCGAGAAUGCGGCGCCCAAGCGGAAAUGGCGGUACGAGCUGGAUUCCGGCUCGGGGCCAAACGACAUCCCCAUGCUCAUGCAGCGAGACGAGCCUCGACAAGAUCCCCGGCCCAUGGCAACGGCGUCGCUCUUUGGCGCGGCGCCCAAGGCCUCUCGCUCCUCGCAUCACAAGAGCAGCAGCUACUCGCAUUCCUCCAAGCGCGACUACUCACGAUCCGUCAUGAGCCUCGGCGCCCAGCCCCAGACGCUUUCGCAGGCCGACGAGGACCUGCUGCGCGAUUACGACAACCUGUUCCGCACCUUUUACAACUACCCGCCCGUGCUGGACAGCAUCAACGUGGCCGACGCCUACGUGCAGUGCAAGAGCCUCUUGACGCUGGCAGACCAGUACGACGCCCUGGCCGUCAUCGGGCCCCGCGUGGACCACCACCUGCUGCAGUUCCAGUCGCGCCUGUGGAAGCAGAUUGCAAAAUACCCCAUUUCCUACCUCCGUCUGGGCUAUCUUGCGCGCAGCAAGGUCAUCUUCCAGGAGGCCCUGAUCCACGUCGUCGGCCAGUGGCCCGCCGGCGAGCGCAGCCUUCGCGCCACCAUGCCCGACAUUGUGCUGGACAUUAUCGAGGACAAGGUGGACGAGCUGGAGGAGACGGUCAGCCGGGUCGAGGGCCGCCUGUUCCGCCUCAACCUCAACACGUCGCGGGGCGAGCGCGUCACCCCCAACAACGGCUACCUCGACUGGCUGGCCACGAGCCUCUUCCGCCAAUGGAUCGCCGACAACACCACGCCUCAGCCGCCGCCCGAGUAUCGCGGAUCCAGAGAGAACCGCCCCGCCGAUCCACCUCCUCCUCCGCCGGCCCCGCCGCUGACCUCGGUCGGCAGAGCGUACCGCACUCUCGGGUCCGACAACCCGGACACGUUUCUGGGGCACGAUGAGUGCAAAAAGUUUCUCAAACUGACGCCCGAGUUCUACAGCCGGGAGAACCUGCGGCGGUUCGAGAAGCGCAUGGACGAGCUCAAGGCCAUGGCCCGGUCUGUGGUGCGGCCCCUUAUGAACAGCGGCCUCGAGCUGGACUUGAGCGGCUCCAGCCGAGUGGCUGACAGCAUUGGGUACUUGACGUGCACUGAGGUCGGCAAUAGAGACCUGCCCUGGUCGGUAGAGGAAUGAUUUACUUGUUUCCCGCUUUUUCCUCAGCUUUCUUGAUGAAAGAUGGGAAGAGUAUAUAAUGACGAAAGCCAGAAAAGAGACAAGAUCUCUCAGACGACAUGGCUUUGAUAUUGACAUAUACGGUACAGCAUACGGCGGCAUAAUGUGGCAUUUUGUGUUGAGUUUUUACUGUCUACAGUUUGCAUAUUGGCGUAAAGAAAAAAAUGAAAAAG